UCGUCGUCGAUCUGAUGUCGCCGCGUUGAAACAAUAAGUGCAACCUGAUAUGAUCAUAUGCGUCGAGCUCUGAUAUGCAUCAGACGCUGGGCGCAGUACGCCUUGCAUACCGCUCGCGUAUCGCUUACCUCGUGAAAUCAGGUAUGAUCGACAACGCUGUUCAGGUGUUCGAUGAAUUGCGCCACUCAAGCUUCCGCGUCUUCUCCUCCGAUUACAACCGCUUCAUCGGGGUUUUGGUCAAAGAGUCGAGAUUUGAGCUUGCUGAGGCACUAUAUCGGGAUAUGACGCCAAUGGGUUUCUCCCUCAUCCCCUUCACUUACUCGAGGUUUAUCUCGGGUUUAUGUAAAGUUAGAAAAUUUGAUCUCAUUGACGCUCUUCUGAGGGACAUGGAAACCCUCGGUUACAUACCGGAUAUCUGGGCGUUCAACAUUUAUCUGGAUCUGUUGUGUCGAGAGAGAGAGGUAGGUUUUGCUGUUCAAACGUUCUUUUGUAUGGUUCGGAGAGGUCGGGAACCAGAUGUUGUAUCUUAUACUAUACUUAUUAAUGGGUUAUUUAGAGCUGGUAAGGUCACUGACGCUGUCGAGUUUUGGAAUGAAAUGAUACGUAGCGGGAUUAAUCCGGAUAAUAAAGCAUGUGCAUCACUUGUUGUUGGGUUAUGUGAUGCUCGGAAAGUUGAUUUGGCUUAUGAGAUGGUGGCGGAAGAGAUUAAGAGUGCAAGAGUUAAGCUUAGUACAGUGGUUUAUAAUGCAUUGAUUAGCGGGUUUUGUAGAGCUGGUAGAAUAGAAAAGGCAGAAGCUUUAAAAUCAUUUAUGAGUAAGAGUGGGUGUAGUCCGGAUCUUGUUACAUACAAUGUGUUGUUGAAUUAUUAUUAUGAUCACAAUAUGUUGAAGAAAGCGGAAGGGGUGAUGAGCGAGAUGGUGAGAAGCGGGAUACAGCCUGAUGCUUAUAGUUAUAACCAGUUGCUUAAGCGGCAUUGCAGGGUUGGUGUUCCUGAUAAAUGCUAUUCCUUAAUGGUAAAGGAGAUGGAGCCUAGAGGUUUCUGCGAUGUUGUCUCCUACAGUACUCUGAUCGAAACAUUUUGUAGGGCGUCAAAUACUAGAAAAGCUUACAAGCUCUUUGAGGAAAUGAGACAGAAGGGGAUAGUAACGAAUGUGGUCACGUACACGAGUCUUAUCAAGGCUUUUCUUAGGGAAGGUAACUCUAGUGUUGCAAAGAAGCUCCUCGAUCAGAUGACAGAGUUAGGUCUGUCACCAGAUCGCAUAUUUUACACAACAAUUCUGGACCAUUUGUGUAAAUCUGGAAAUGUCGACAAGGCUUAUGGUGUAUUCAAUGACAUGAUUGAGCACGGAAUUACACCAGAUGCGAUUUCAUACAACGCUCUUAUUAGUGGCCUCUGCAGGUCUUGUAGAGUAACUGAAGCAAUGAAAUUAUUUAAGGACAUGCAGAGUAAAGAAUGUUGUCCUGAUGAGUUAACUUUCAAGUUCAUUAUUGGAGGACUCAUACGGGAAAAGAAACUAUCAGCAGCCUACAAGGUUUGGGAUCAGAUGAUGGAUAAAGGAUUCACCCUUGAUAGGGAUGUGUCUGAUACACUAAUCAAGGCUAGCUGUUCACUGAGUGCUGAUGCGUAGGCAUAAUAAGUGUAUACACCUUGAAAAUUGUCAACAUGGUCUUCUCCUGUGCAAAAACGCCAUCUUAGUCAAAAGUAUGGCGGCAUGGAGAUGCUGAUACAGAGCCAUUAUGCCUCCUGCUGCUUGGAGAGAAGUACGAAACUUAUCAGCUGACUUGACAUUAAUACUCCUGAAGGAUCAUCAUUUGUGGUCAGACUAUGGAACAAGCCAGCCAGCUCUAGCGUUAGAGAUUAAUACUCUUGAAGGAUCUAUUCUACCUUGAGAAGCUGCAUCUUAAAGGCUGAAAGCCAAAAGAUUAGGUCAGCCUAUAUCUGGACUUUAUUUCAAAAACUAAGCCUGUUAUAAGCGCAGAACAGGAAGAGGAAGAAUACGUAAACAUUCUAAAAACAGAAUGGCGUGCUACUGUAACAACUGAAAAUUUUCCUUGCAGGAUCGAUAUCCCGGUGGCACCUCUACCUCAUGGACCUCUCCGCACCACCACCAGACCCCACAGACUCACCCAGUUGCUCCUCCCGGGCCCAAAAUAAAGACUCGAGGACGUCACCAGACUGAGC